AGAGAGAGGGCAAUUCCAUUAAUUUGACUUUUGAUAGAGGAAUAUAUAUUAAGGGAUACUAACUAAAGCUAGCAAAGAAAAUGGGAAACAAGAGUGGUUUGAUCUUCUUCAUCUUCUUCUUCUCUCUCGUCAUAUUACAAUCAAAUGUUGAUGCCUACCAAAACUACACCGUCGGCGACUCUCUUGGGUGGUACGACCUCCUCGAAAACCCCAAAGUCGACUACCGCAACUGGACCGCCGGCAAGAACUUCUCCCUCGGCGACUUCCUCAUUUUCAACACGGACAACAACCACACAGUAAUCCAGACCUACAACUUCACAACAUACAAGCUCUGCGACUACGACAACGCCCUCGACAACGACACCAUCGAGUGGUCCGCGGCGGACCCUUCCGCCACCGCGCCACAGCCGGUCUCCGUGGCAGUCCCGCUCACGAAAGUCGGGAUGACUUAUUUCUUCUCGAGCGACUACGACGGGGAGCAAUGCCUCAACGGCCAGCGCUUCCAAAUCAAUGUCACAUACGGGCAGGGCCUGCCCCCGAGCCUACGGCCCGACGACACCUCCCCGGGACCAGUCGGCCCGCAGUCGGGGGACGACGAGUCGGUGCCGGACACCAUGGUUCCCUCCAAUUUCGAUAAUCCUAAGGAUAGUAGCGAUGAUAAUCAAGAUGAGGCCUCUAGUUCUAUUCCGUUGUUGGCUUUUUCCAACUUGUUUGGGGUUUGGUUACAUGGAUUGCUUGUUGUGUUUGGCUUUUUUGUGCUGUGUUGUUAAUUUUUUUGUUUGUUUAAUAUUGGUUUGUAUAAUUAUUUCUACUUUUUAGAGGGGGUGUUGUGUUGUAUAAUUAAGGUGUGUAUCUUAGAGGUGAUCAUAUAGUUGAUAUAUUUGUUUUUAUUUAUUACAUGCUGGAAUAAAAUGAGAUGCAUCUGCAUUUUGCAAUA